UGCCUGAUAACCGACUCUACUCUCUGACUCUUUGAGUCGAUGUGUCUCUUCUCUUUGAGUCCAUGUGUGUAUGCGUGUUUAUGUGUGUGUGGUUCCAAGAGGUCAUUUUUCAUUUCAUCAAUUGCCCGCAACUUCGUUCCCAUAAAAUGCCCACCAAACCGAACCGUCCCUGACUCCCAUUGCCCAAACCCACCAGUGUCCAGUGUCCAGUGUCCAGUCAUUCUGUUCCCUCCGUUCCCUCAGUCCCUCCGUAAAUAGAGUAGUAAAGCGAGAGUAAUAAGCAAAA